AUGUCGCCGCUGUCGGCGGCGUCGGCACUCGUGACUCCCGGAUCCUACCGGCGUCACGGGACCCAGGGGGCGGAGGCGACCCCCAGAGGGGCGGGGCCGGGGUGCUCCGCCUCGACCCCGCCUCCGACCCUGAGGGUGAGGGCACCUGGCGCGGAGGCUAUGUUUGCCUUGACCCGGAAUCCUGGCGGCCGGGCUGGGGAGGAGAGAGCCAGAUCGUCAGUAAGGCCGGCUGUCUGGAUCCCGCCAAGGCCUCCCAAGAAGGCCGCCCUGCGUCCUCGGGCUCCCUCCUUCACGCCCUUCGCCCUUCGCAUUGCCACCUUCCCCCUGCCGACCCCCGAGACCCGCGCCUCAGGCCAGAGCCAGAGAGGUGCUGCGGGCUGCUUCCCCUACCGCGGGGGCGCUGGGGGCGGGGGCGAGCGGCUCCUCCUGCGCCCGGGAGCCGGCAGCGGCAGACCAGGAGGGAGAAGCAGGGACGACCAGAGGCCUGCUCACCCUCCCUGCACUCAGCAGCCCACGAGCCCUGCAGGGUACUCGACGUACCCGGGGCACCGGGAGUGCCGAGAAGAGCCGGCAGGUGCCGUAGCCUGCAGGGCCCGGGAGCUAGGCCUGGGCGAUGCCCAUCGGGUGCCCCGUGCCCGAGGAGAACAUCGGAGGCACACCAUCACCAACGGCGUGGACUGUGACCUGCUGAAGCGGAUGAAGGAGCUGGAGCAGGAGCAGGAGGUGCUGCUCCAGGGUCUGGAGAUGAUGGCGCGGGGCCGCGACUGGUACCAGCAGCAGCUGCAGCGCGUGCAGGAGCGCCAGCGCCGCCUGGGCCAGAGCAGGACCAGCGCUGACUUUGGGACAGAGGGGAGCCCCCUCCCACUGGGCCGGCUGCUGCCCAAGGUCCAGGAGGUGGCCCGGUGCCUGGGGGAGCUGUUGUCCGCGGCCUGUGCCAGCAGGGCUCUGCCGGCAUUGUCCUCCGGGACCCCUGCGCCCGCCUCACCGCCAGCCCCAGGCCGGCAGCAGCAGACCAUCCUGAUGCUGAAGGAGCAGAACCGGCUCCUCACGCAGGAGGUGACCAGCAAGAGCGAGCGCAUCACACAGCUGGAGCAGGAGAAGUCUGCCCUCAUCAAGCAGCUGUUCGAGGCACGCGCCCUCAGCCAGCAGGAGGCUGGGCCCUUGGACUCCACCUUCAUCUAGCUGGCCACGGGCCCGGACACGGGGCUCCUAGGACCUGGCCUGGCGGUCACCUCCUUGAGCCCCACUUGGCUGAAGACCACUCGACUGGCCUGGACGCGGGUUUCUCCCUCUCUUCCAGUCUGGGUCCCCCCAGGCCCUGCAGCCCAAGUGGAGCCAGCAGGCUCGCUGUGGCCUAGAAUGUCCUGUGGCUCCGGAUUCGGUCCCAGCCUUGGGGGGCCCAUCUGGGGUGGGGCUUCAUCAGGCUAAUACAGCCUGAAGCUUCUCCUGCCGCCGUCGGUGGACCUGGAGGCCUCCUCAGGUUUACCCCGCCUCAGGCAGCCUGGGGCCCCGGCUCUGUGGCAGGCCUGUCCUCUCUGACCUGGAGCCUCCGGCAAAAGUGCUUCCCCCUGGGCUGCACUUCCGACCGCAGCCAGCAGAGGGAGGCUCACACAGCAGCCAGGCGCCGCUGCUGGGGGCGGGGGGGGCGUCUGAGUCGGGGUCCCUGCGGUGGACUGGAGCAGCAGGAGCCCCAGGCCUAGGGGCUGCCUGUCCUUCAGCCGGGAGCACGUGGAGGAGAUACGGGGUGGUUUCUAGCAGUGGGGUCAGCCUGUGUCAGGUUCUGGGGGAGGGCGAUCCGAGCCGAUGCCUGGGCCAACGCUGGCCUGCCUGCCCCUCCUCACAGACCCCAGACCCUAAAAUAACUUGGGGUCAUUGUCCCUCCUCCUCGCCAAGACUAAGCCCCACCGCGCACCCGUGACCCAGGCUCAGGGCCUGGGACCCCCCCCAGACACCCUGGUCAUGGCAGGACACGGUCAGCAGGGUCACUCUGGUGUGCCCCUGCCCUGGGGAGGGCCCUGUCCCCAGGAGGGAUAUUUGCGUGGGCCUUCCGGGCACGCCCCAAGGUUGCUCCGAGGCCAAGCACUCCGACCUCUGGUCUUUGCAAAUGCUGUUCCGUCUCCUGCAAGCCCCCCCGCCCCCCGCCAGCUUCCCCUGGCUGUUUCCUACCAGGCCCUCCGGGGUGGAGGGAAGGACCGCCCAGAGCCCGUAACAGUGAAGGUGGCGGCGGCCAGCCUUGGCAGUGGUGACCUGUGGGGGGCCUGCCACGCCCCGGGCUUGGGAGGCAGGAGACCUUCCACGGACCGCGCCCCUUCAGCCGCAGGGAAAUGUGGACUGGGCAGGUGGCUCUUGUGCGCGGGGAACAAACGCGUCCUCAGACUUGGGCCGCCCCUGGGGCGCCAGCCCCCUCGGGGCAGAGCUACGUGGUCCUAGCCUGCGGGCAGAAGGCGACACCUGCCCUGCGGUGCUGGUGACGCUUGGGGCCCAGGGAGUCUCCACGGGGGAGGGGCUGUCCCGUGUGACGCUGACAGCCUUCGCUUCUAUCCACACGCUCAGUUCUGACAACUGUCUGAAGACGUUGCCAAAUGUCCCAAAGGGGGCUUGUGGUGGAGACGCUGUCCCUGACAGGGUCCCUGUCCCAGAGGAACGUCACUUCACCUGGGCGUGAGGGUUUCGCGGAGGUCAAGUUCCAAGGAAAUGAGCAUCUCCAAGUUACAUUUUGUUGCAAACUGAGGAGAGCGUCCAGACGGGCCGGCAGACAGCACCGAGUCCGCGGACAGGUCAGACAGUGGAGUUAGCAGGAAAUAUAAACUAAUUUUUAUAUGUCUAAAGAAAUAAAAAUUCUUGAAAUGCGAA